AUGGAUGCAAAUGCAGUAGAAGAUGGUCUUGUUGAUGGAGGUACUACGACUACUAGAAGGAGAAGCACAAGAGCCUCUUCUUCGUGUACAAUUGAUGAUGUGCAAACGGUUGAUGACGACAGCUGUAGCGACGUAGAAGACGAGCAGACACCAAAAACGGAAAAGACGAAGAGACUGAGUCCUACCAAGGUGAAAAGAAAGUCCUCGCAGCGGAGUCCAACCAAGCAGUCCUCCUCAUCCUCAUCAUCCUCCUCCUCAAAGAAUGCCUCAUCAGUUGUAUCUUCAGGGAGCUGCCUGUGGCGCGACAAGAUUCAGCGAGAUAUCAAGUUAUGGAGCGAUAAGAAUAUUAGCAUCAAGAAUAUUACUAGCAUCAACCAUUUUUUUUUCCAGAUCGAUGUUUGUGCUAUGACAUCUUCAUGUACAUCUAGAUGUCAUCAAGUAAGUAGUUCCAGCAAAGUCUACAUCACGAAAAACGUGAACAACAACCUCUAACCUUCCGCAUCGUCUACCUAGCCCUCCUCUCUUGCCAAGACCGAGUAUUACUUGCGGACCGAAAGAACAGUUUCGAGAUGGUCGGCUUCGAUUUCAUGGUCGACGAUAGGCUCAACGUCUGGCUCAUCGAAUGUAACAGUUCGCCGGAUUUGAGCUACUUUAUGAACACGACUGUUGCUUGUUAUAGUUUUUUAAAAGAGCCUCAAAAUCAACUUCAACUUGUCAAUACAUAUCGCAUCUCCCUCUUUCAUACUCCCAACAUCAACGACGAAGAGCGGCGUUAAAAACGUCUUGACAGACUUGGUUUCGGUCAUCGUAGACGCAGAGCGCUUUCCUCGCAACGUUGCGAAGGGCAAGCAAUGCAUGAAAUUGAGCAAAAAGCAUCUUGAAAGUGUCGAUACAGGAGAUUGGGUGCUGUUGUAUCUUAUGGCUUUGUAAGUACUCUAAGUUUGGCCUACUCUUAGUCCACCUACAAACAUGAUCUACAAGAACACUCUGAGACUACUAAUUCACUGCUUCUAAUUAUGCAGAACUACGACUACUAAUUCACUGCUUCUAAUUAUGCAGAACUACGACGCCGUGAGCAGAAAGCCUUGCAGAACAUGCCAUCAGCGGAAGAGGUGCGUGCGCAUUUACAAAUCAUAGGUGCCCCAAAGACCAUGCACAAGAGCAAGAAGAAGACGAAAAGUCUUGCCACAGUAGUCAGAAAUCUUGUGCAUGGCAGGAAAAAGAAAAAACCUGCUGUAGAAGUUCCUGUGGAUGAAGCAGAAGGAGAAGGUGGCAAGGGCGACGAAGGAGCAACUGAUACUGAAACGAGCAGCAGAGAAGAAAUAGAAAUAGUUGCUGUUUUGGAAACUGCUUUUCGCAUUGCGGCAACAAAGGCAGUGACUGGCAGCGACAAGCCGACUGUUGCUGCGGGAAGCAGCCCAGCAAGAAAAAUCAUGCUGCAGCUUGAUUAUGGCUAAAUGUUCACAAUUCCAACAUAGAGUUUGAGCUUAGUUUAUCUUCAAUCUUCAAUCUUCAUCCUGGUUCUGGUAGGACAUCUCAAUCGCUGAGCACUAAUCACCGACCGAAGACUUCCAACCUCCUCCGUCUUCGUCUGCCUCAACGGCCUCUGGGGCUUUGGACUACUCGUCUUCGUC